GGCCUCAGUUUCCCCGUCUGGAAAGUGGACGCGGCCACGAACGGCUCGAGGGGGGAACCGGCCGGCGGCGAGCGGAGGGUUAAAGGGGCGGGUCCCGCGGGGGGGCGGGGCCGGGGCUCGGCCGCACCUGGCGGCAAGCGGCUCUCCUCCCCGACGCCGCGCGUUGCGCGGGGUGCCGCCGCGGGAGCCGGAGACCCCGGCGAGGAGCGGCUCGGCAGCCGGCACCCACCGCGGGAGGGGCGGCGGCGGCCGGAGCGACGUCGGGAGGCGAGCGGAGCAGCCAUGGCCGAGUUCCCGUCGAAAGUGAGCACGCGGACCAGCAGCCCCGCGCAGGGCCCCGGCGCCUCGGUCUCCGCGCUGCGCCCGGACCUGGGCUUCGUGCGCUCCAGCCUCGGUGCGCUCAUGCUGCUGCAGCUGGUGCUGGGGCUGCUGGUGUGGGCCCUGAUUGCCGACACCCCGUACCACCUGUACCCGGCCUACGGCUGGGUCAUGUUCGUGGCUGUCUUCCUCUGGCUGGUGACAAUCGUCUUCUUCAUACUCUACCUGUUUCAGCUGCACAUGAAAAUGUACAUGGUGCCCUGGCCGCUGGUGUUAAUGAUAUUUAAUGUGGGCGCCACUGUUCUCUACAUCACGGCCUUCAUCACCUGCUCUGCCGCCGUCGAGCUGACGUCACUGAAGGGCACCCGGCCCUAUAACCAGCGUGCGGCGGCCUCUUUCUCUAGGGUACUCACAUGAUUGAGAAAUUUGCUGUCUCGUGUGGCCCAGCCGAUCUGCAUGACGCCAGAAGUGAUCACGGUGACUUCGUAGUACCACACCCCGGCAUCCACGCAAAAGGUGCAACGCACGCUUUCAAACGAGGAGGCAUCACAGCGAGCCUGGCAAAACCAAAGCGUGUGACAGCCCACUGUCAAUGCCUGAAGACCGUGGAAGUUAAGUGACUGCCCAGAGGUGGAAUGUCCUCUUCCUUAUUAAAGCUUCUGGUGGAUGGUCGUUUCCUUCUCUGUGCAUUCUCAGUGAUACGAAGUACAAAACAGAAUGAAGCACGCUCUCUCUUAUAGUUUUAUUCCUAGGGAGUUCUAACAGGGUUGGAAGGCCUCAAAGAUGGCUGCAGUAAGCAUUAACGGGGGCUACUGGCUUCUUUCUGAAGUACUUAUAGAGCUUUACCCUCCCGGUAGAAUCUCUUACGAAUGCAUCAACAUGGCCUUACCCUGCAUGUGUUAGGAUGCAGAGAGAGGAGGACACUGAAGGGUAUGAGAUGGGGUACCUAAAAAUAAUUGAAAGCAGAAAACCACGGCAGGCAUUUGGCAAUAACGUAAGAUCAAAGAGCUGUCUGCAGCCGUUCUUCAAACAGCUCUUUCAUCUUGACGUGUCUGGUGCCUGAUGGUGCCUUCCUGUGCAUCAGCAGCUUCCAUUAGCCUGCACCACGAAAUCAGCAACAUUUCCACUGUCCAGGGAGGAGGGAAGCACUAGCCAGAAUACAACUGGUGAUGCAGGGAUUCAAAAAGGAAGGGCCUCUCUUAGAAAACACUAGUCUUUGCGUCUUUAGAUGAAUAAAGUGGCAGAGAUUGAAAACAGACAUACUUAAAUCAAAAAAUUGUCUAUAGAGAACAGACCGAGGGUUGCCAGAGGGGAGGCGGGCGGGGGGAUGGAUUAAAUGGGUGAUGGGGAUUAAAGGAGUGCACUGGUUGUGACGAGCACCGGUGUUGUAUGUAAGUGAUGAAUCACUAAAUUCUACACCUGACACUUCCAUCUAUUCUGCAAGAAAUGGCUCUUUGUUCAGAACCAGGGUGUGAAAAUGAGAACAAGAUUUUUCCCCCAUAUGUUCUGUCCAUGAAAGCUUUACCUCCAAGCCAUGAGGUGAGAUCUUCAGGUACUCGCUGACAUCGUUGCUAUUCAGCAUGGCCCUAAUGCUAUUCAAGUCCACUUUCUCAUAGGUCAGCUGCCUACUGUCUUUUAAAACUGCAAAAGAAAAAGUGGUCAUGUCUCUAAGGCAGGCUGUUGUGGAAAAAAAGCUAGUGUCUUUGCUGGCUGCCAUUCUGGUUAAGAGGUGGGGGUGCUCAGAAAUGGCAGGAUAGGUAGGGAGACUUAAAACCUUGCCUUUCUGCUGCACGACCAUAUGAGGAUCAAUCAAGCCAAAGCUGGGACAAGCUGGGACGGCACUGCUAGGUUUAGGCUUCUGUUCCCUGUAUUUGUUAUCAUGCAUGCAAUAAAAGCCCAAUUAUAC